AUGCCAAACUUCCGGAAGGCCAGAUCCCAGAUUGCCGGCAACGGCGUUGGCGUUGCCGCAGCCGUGCAUCCGUCGCACUCGUCGAUCGCUCGUGGGCCAGGACAGCAGGGGGGUCUUGGGCUCCUUGAUAAGAUAAGGCCCAGCAAGCCCUCGCAACAGCCCUCACCCUCACCUCCAACGACAAUACAAGCAUCACCGACACCAUCAUCAGCGGCAACACCAACAAGAUCAACAACACCGUCACCUCCCCCCUAUGUGGAUGCAAGCGGCAGAUUCGAUGCAUCUGCGCUGCCCAAACUCCCCUUCCGUUUCGACACGGGCAUUGCGCUAUUCGCAAAGCGCACCCCCCGACCUUUCCCCCCGCCCUUCUUAUCGCCGCCGUCGGCUUCAUUUAGCGACCCGCUCAGCACGCACGACCGGAGCCGUGCAUAUGUGGGCGGCCAGCUGAUCCAGGGGUUUACCAAUGGCGAUGACGCGGUUUUCGCGAGUGACUAUUUUAUUUGUGCGAAUGACGGGGUUGGUGCCUGGAGCACGAGACCCAGGGGGCAUGCUGGGCUAUGGGCGAGACUGAUUCUGCAUUUUUGGGCGACGGCCAUCUUUGAGGAUGCACUCCGCCAGGGUGAUGGUUACCAGCCUGAUCCGGUCGCCUACCUGCAGCGCGCGUAUGAGCAAACUAUCGAAGCCACAAGUGCCCCCAAUGACUGGCAGGGCACUACAACAGCUACAGGCGCUCAGCUGCACUAUCGUCGGAUCGAACGAAAGGAGCAGCAGGAACCAAGUAAUCAGCAAGCUUCCGAAACAGCUGCACAAUCCGAAGACUCUAGCGCUCCCACGUCUACGCCCCCUGCUGACUCCCAAUCACCUUCAUCACCCUGUGACACCUCUGAGGUCGAACCCGUCCUCUACGUCACGAACCUAGGCGACUCCCAAGUCAUGGUAAUUCGCCCCUCCACGCGCGAGGUCAUCUACAAGUCGGCCGAGCAAUGGCACUGGUUCGACUGCCCACGACAGUUAGGCACCAACAGCCCGGACACGCCCAGCGAGUGUGCCGUGGUCGACGCGGUGCCUAUCCAAGAGGGCGACAUUGUGUUGGCCAUGUCGGACGGCGUCAUCGAUAACCUGUGGGCGCACGAGAUCGUAGCUAAGGUGACGGAGAGUCUGGCGAAGUGGCAGAGGGGCGAGGUGUCGGUGGAUUGGGCGGUUGGAGUGAGGGGUCUCGAUAGGCAACCGUGCGAGGCGGAUUUGUAUGAAGGGGCGGGAGUGAGUGAGGACGAUGAUUGGCAAGUAAGGAGACGGAGGAGAAGGGAUGAUAGUGGUAUGUGGUAUGUCGCGCAGGAAUUAAUGGAGGCGGCUAAGGCGAUUGCUGUCGAUCCGUUUGCUGAGAGCCCGUUCAUGGAGCAUGCGAUUGAGGAGGGGCUGGCUAGUGGCGGCGGCAAGCUGGACGACAUCAGUGUCGUAGCUGCGAUUUGCAGGCGGAAUGACUGA